CCCUCCGACGCCCUGGCAAACAUAGACUUUCGUGCUUUCUAGUACUUUUCUAUUCUUCCGAGGGCACCGUCGACAAAGUAUUUUUCUCAAUCUAUCCUGUAUCGACGUAAUUGGGAACAUCCAGAGUUUCUCUCACGCCGGCCCUCAUACCCCUUCCCAACCUUUCCGGCGGAUCCCUUCCCCCUCAUCUCCCCUUCUCGCGCCAGAACUUGAAGGACCAUUUCGAUAGUACUGCAAUUUUUCGUCGAAAUUCAAGUUCCAGCCGAGACGGAUCUCUCCAUAAGGACUCUCUUCUUCUGUCCGUCUGCGUUGCAUUCUAAUAUAUAAUCCUCUCUUUUUUAUUUAUCACCAUGAACACGUUUGUGCUUGGCGACCAGACGGCGUCCCAGAUCGCGUUUUUGCGAAGUCUGGUGACGAGGAAGAACAACACUCUACUGGCUUCGUUUCUAGAGCGCGCGGCUCUCGCAUUGAGAGAGGAAGUCCAGAAGCUCCCAAAGACACAGCGAGACACAAUCCCGAAUUUUCUCACUCUGAACCAUCUCACGGAAGCCUACCAUGAGAAGGGUGUUAAAGUUCCUCAAAUCGAGUCCGCUCUGUUGACAAUUGCUCAGUUGGCGCACUUCAUCGGAUACUUCAGCGAAAACCCGACCGAACUGCCCAAUGCCUCAAAUGUGCGACUUGUUGGUCUUUGCACCGGUCUUGUCGCCGCCGCCGCAAUUGCAUGUGCGAAGUCCCUCAGUGAUUUGCUACCUCUUGCAGUGGAAGCCGUCCGUAUUUCCUUCAGAAUUGGCAACACAACUGCGAAUGCCAAGAUCGCUCUCGAACCGGUGGCCAAUGGCCAGGAGCCUUGGUCGACCAUUGUCACGAAUACCAACGAGGAGACUGCAAAUGCUAUUUUGGCCGACUUCCAUGCCGCCAAUGGAAUUCAGCCUGCGAGCCAGGCGUACGUUAGUGCUGUGAGCGUCAUGGCCCUGACGAUUUCUGGUCCGCCCUCGAUCACAAAGAGGCUUUUUGAAGAGACAGAGCUGGCAAAGAACCACAGAGUGCCCAUUCCAGUCUAUGCUCCGUACCACGCCGCUCAUCUAUAUGGCGAGAAUGAACGCGCGAAGAUAUUUGACAAUGACACAAUCAAGAACUUGCGAUUCUUCCGUCCGUCAGCUCUCGUGCACUCAGCUGCGACUGGCAAGUGUAUCUCUGCCACCAGCGCCGCUGAGCUAUUCACCCUCGUCGCGGAGGAGAUCCUCGAGUUUCCGGUACGCUGGGACCAUCUGCUCGAGGAGACAGUUUCGCAGAUUACAGCUACCAACGCAUCUGAAGCGUAUAUUACGUCCUUCGGUAUUACCAACGUCACCAACAGCUUGGUUUCCGCGCUCAAGGCUGGUGGACAACCUAAUGUUGUUGUCAAGGACCACACCUCCUGGGGCGCGCCAUCCAAGACAUUUGGCCGCACUCAAAACGACAAGAUUGCAAUCGUUGGUAUGGCUGGCCGUUUCCCAGGGGCUGCAAGCCAUGAAGCGCUGUGGGAUCUCCUCAUGAAGGGACUGGACGUUCACCGCAAGGUUCCCGCCGAUCGUUUCGACGCUGAUGCUCACUGCGACCCAUCUGGCAAGGGUAAGAACAAAUCACACACUCCGUAUGGUUGCUUUAUCGAUGAGCCCGGUCUGUUUGACCCUCGAUUUUUCAACAUGUCUCCUCGCGAGGCUGCCCAGACCGAUCCGAUGGGUCGACUUGCGCUCGUAACAGCAUAUGAAGCGUUGGAAAUGAGCGGUUACGUUCCAAAUCGCACUCCUUCCACCAAACUCGACAGGAUUGGUACAUUCUAUGGCCAGACCUCUGACGAUUGGCGUGAGAUUAACGCAGCCGAGAACGUUGACACCUAUUUCAUUACCGGAGGUGUGCGUGCUUUUGCACCGGGUCGCAUAAACUAUUAUUUCAAGUUUAGCGGCCCGUCGUUCUCUAUUGAUACGGCUUGCUCGUCAUCCAUGGCUGCCAUUCAGCUUGCUUGCACGUCCCUCUGGGCCGGUGACUGCGACACUGCAGUUGCAGGUGGUCUUAACGUCUUGACCAACCCAGAUAUUUUUGCUGGCUUGUCCAAGGGUCAGUUCCUGAGCAAGACAGGGUCUUGCAAGACGUAUGACAACGCGGCUGAUGGCUAUUGCCGUGGUGAUGGUUGCGCCUCCGUUAUCCUCAAGCGUUACGAGGACGCCAUUGCUGAUAAGGAUAACAUUCUUGGUAGCAUUCUUGGCAUUGCAACCAAUCACUCCGCCGAGGCUGUAUCCAUCACCCACCCGCACGCUGGUGCUCAGGAAUUCCUGUUCAAGCGUGUAUGUGCCACAGCUGGUGUUGAUCCUCUCGAUGUCACAUACGUCGAAAUGCACGGCACUGGUACGCAGGCUGGUGACGGUAUCGAAAUGACUUCCGUCACGAAUGCUUUCGCUCCUCGCGAUCGUCAGCGGCGUCCUGAUCAGCCAUUGUAUCUUGGUGCCAUCAAGGCUAAUAUCGGACACGGUGAGGCUUCCUCUGGCAUAAACGCAUUGUGCAAGGUUCUCCAAAUGUGGCAGCACAACAUGAUCCCAGCCAACGUUGGUAUCAAGGGCAUUAUCAAUCAGACGUUCCCUAAAGACUUGGCGCAACGUAUGGUGAACAUCCCGACGGUGAACACUCCGCUCCCUCCCCGCAAGGGAGAGGAGUGCCGCAAGAUCUUCCUCAACAACUUUUCUGCAGCUGGUGGCAACACUUCCGCCAUCCUGGAGGAGGGACCUCUGUACAAGCCACCGACUGGUGUGGAUCCCCGAAGCACCCACGUGAUUACGGUAUCAGCUCGCUCAAUUGCUUCUAUCAAGCGUAACAUCCAGCGUUUGAGCGAUUGGGUCGCCAAGCACCCCUCGGCAACAUUGACAUCUUUGGCGUACACGACCACUGCUCGUCGUAUCCAACACAACUACCGUGUUGCCUUUACCGUAUCCGACAUCAGCAAGGUCCGUGAUGGCCUACAGGCACAGAUUAAGGAUACCUACAACCCAAUUGCCAUGGUUCCCACCAAAGUUGCCUUCUGCUUCACUGGCCAGGGCUCUCAGUACACCGGCCUUGCUCAGGCGCUUUACAAGGAUCUCUCUUCGUUCCGAGAGGAUAUUGACCAGCUCGACAACAUGGCUCGUCUCCAAGGCUUCCCAUCCUUCAUUCCUCUCCUUGACGGCACCGACGUUGCCACCCUGUCCCCAGUGGUUGUGCAGCUUGGAAUGGCCUGCAUCCAAAUUGCGCUCUCUAGAAUGUGGGCUUCUUGGGGCAUUAGGCCAACUGCAGUGAUUGGUCACUCUCUUGGCGAGUAUGCUGCUCUGCACGUUGCUGGCGUUAUAUCUGCCAGCGACAUGAUCCUUCUCGUCGGCCGCCGUGCCCAGCUUCUCGAGCGCGACUGCACCAAGUAUACUCAUGGUAUGUUGGCGGUUAAGUCCAAUGUCGAGACCAUGGAGCAGCUUCUUGGAGACAAGAUGACAGAGGUAGCUUGCAUCAACGGUCCUGAAGAGACCGUUCUUUGCGGUACCACUGAAGUCAUUGCAGGCAUCAGCGACAUCGUCGCGGCCAAGGGCUUCAAGAACACCAAACUGAACGUACCGUUUGCCUUCCACUCUGCUCAAGUCGAUCCUAUUCUUGAGGCAUUCAAGCAGGCUGCGGCUGCUGUUACCUUCAACAAGCCUCAGGUUCCUGUUCUAUCUCCUCUCACUGGUGAAGUCAUCCGCGAGGCUGGGAUCAUCGGCCCAGACUACCUUGCUCGUCACGCUCGAGAGACUGUCAACUUCUGGUCUGCGCUUGCCACCGGUCAGGAGGAGAAGGUCUUCGACGAGAAGACUGCUUGGAUUGAGGUUGGUGCUCACCCAGUGUGCUCUGGCAUGGUCCGCGCUUCCCUGGGUGGCUCUCCAGUCACUGCUCCAUCUCUACGCCGCAAUGAGGACCCCUGGAAGACACUUUCUGCCUCCCUGGUUUCUCUCUACCUGGCUGGUGUGAAUAUCGAUUUUAAUGAAUUCCACCGUGAGUUCAACGAUGCCCAGGAGCUUCUGACACUGCCGACGAUGAGCUUUGACGAUAAGAGGUACUGGCUCGAUUACCAUCACAACUGGACCCUUACCAAAGGUGAAGCACCUGUUGCUGCCCCAGUCGAAAUCGUUAAGCCGGUACCUGAGAUCAAGAGCAAACUGCAUACUACUUCUUGCCAGAAGAUUAUAAAGGAGGAGCUCCAUGCCAACUCUGGCACCAUCGUCAUCCAGUCCGACAUCACUGAACCCAAGCUGUAUGCCGCAGUAACCGGCCAUCAAGUCAAUGAUGCUCCUCUUUGCCCAUCUUCGCUCUAUGCUGAUAUGGCCAUGACUGCUGCUGAUUACCUAUACAAGGAGCUUCGACCAGGUGCUGGAGCGGUUGGCUACAAUGUCUGUGAAAUGGAGGUUCACAAACCUUUCGUUGCCAUCAUGCCACCCCCUCCAGAGGGUCAACAUCUGCAACUCGAAGCUGCAGCUGAUCUUGAGGAAGGCUGCGUGUACAUGACAUGGCGUCAUGUGAAGGCCGAUGGUACACUCAUUACUGAACUUGGUACCGGCAAGGUGAAGUACGAAGACACUGAGAAGUGGCACACCGAGUGGAACCGCAUUGGUUACAUGGUCCAGAGCCAGAUCGAUCUUCUCCACCACAAGCUACAAACAGGCGCUGCUCACAAGGUCCUUCGGGGCAUGGCUUACAAGCUUUUCAAGGCCCUCGUUACCUAUUCUCCACCAUACCGAGGUAUGGAGGAGGUCAUCCUCGAUGGAAAGCAAACGGAGGCUACUUCAAAGGUCCAUUUCCCAACUACUGACAAGGAUGGCGAGUUUUUCUGCUCUCCAUUCUGGAUCGAUGCUCUCGCCCACAUCUCUGGUUUCAUCGUCAACGCGUCCGAUGUUGUUGACUCCUCCGAGUCUGUCUACAUCUCUCACGGCUGGGGUGAGAUUCGUAUUUCCCGUGCACUCUCGGCUGACAAGGAGUACCGCUCCUAUGUCCGCAUGCAGCCACUGGCAAGCAACCCAACCAUCUCGACGGGUGACGUCUACAUCUUUGAGGGCGAUGAAAUCAUUGGUAUGGUCACCCAGCUUAAGUUCCAGAACGUGCCUCGCCGCGCACUGAACGUCAUGGUUCCACCAGUCAAGAAGGGCGUCCCGUCCAAAUCCGUUGCUGCUGCUCCUGCUGCUCCGAAGGUCGCAGCUCCUCCAGUUAAGGUAAACAAGAGUGCUCCAGUGACAACCAAGACGACUAAGCCUGUCAAGGCUGCUCCAGUCAAGGCCGAGAAACCCAAGAAAGCUCCAAAGGCGCCGAAGGCACAUAAAUCCACUGGUGGUAUCGUCGCCAAGGUUAUGGACAUUGUUGCGAAAGAAACUGAGGUUGACAUGUCUGAGCUUGUCGACGACGCCGCCUUUGAAAAUCUGGGUGUUGACUCUCUUCUAUCGCUCACCAUUUCCGCCAUCUUCCGUGAGGAUCUAGACCUGGACAUUCCUUCGAGUCUGUUCACCGACUACCCAACAGUUGGUGAAAUGAAGAAAUACUUUGCUGCCCUAGAUGGUGGUGCUGCUCCUGUUGAUGAAGACGACUCGGAUGUCGAUUCUGAAGCCGAAGUGCCGUCUGAUGAUGAGGUGUCUACGCCAGCGAGCUCCGCGCCAAGCUCCGCUCCAUCAAUCACGGGUGAGAAGAAGGCUGCCGCUCCAGCUGCGGCCCCUUCUGGCUCUGGCCCUUCUUUGGCACGCAAGAUUGUGGCCGAAGAGAUGGGAGUUGAUGUUUCUGAGAUCACUGAUGACGCUGACCUCGCUGAAAUGGGCAUGGACUCUCUCAUGAGCUUGACUAUCCUCGGUGCUCUUCGUGAGGCCACAAACAUAGAUCUGCCAUCCACUUUCCUAGUCACCAAUGGCUGCAUCAAGGACAUCGAAGACGCACUUGGCAUGCGACCAAAAGCGGCUGAACCUGCUGGACCUGCUGCCCCAAAGCCCUCGAAGCCAUCAAAGCCAUCGCAGGCUUUAAAAGCUCAGCCAGCCCCCACUGAAAACCGCCCUGGGUACGCUGGCGCGUUUAAGUUGGCGGACAAGAUCCCGGACAUUCCGACGGAAGCUGAAGUCGCAGCGAAGCUUGCUAUGAUUCAGCGUGAGAUGCAAGGGUUGCCACCGGCAAACUCAGUCCUUCUCCAGGGUAAUGCAAAGAUUGCUACCAAGCGGCUUUUCCUACUUCCUGAUGGUUCUGGAUCUGCUACAUCCUAUGUUUCCAUCCCCAACAUCUCCCCGGACAUGGCCGUCUACGGUCUGAACUGUCCGUUCAUGAAGAAGCCUGAACAGUGGAAGUGCGGAAUUGAGGUUGUGACCGGCUUGUACCUGAAGGAGAUCAAGCGCCGCCAACCCCACGGUCCAUACAUGAUCGGUGGUUGGUCAGCUGGAGGCGUGAUUGCAUAUGAGACUGCUAUGCAGCUGAUCCAGAAUGGCGAAGAGGUCGAACGCCUCCUCCUGCUUGAUUCUCCUUGCCCUCUGCAGCUAGAUCCACUACCAGCCCGCCUCCACGUUUUCUUUGACCAGAUUGGUCUCCUUGGCACGGGCAAGGCUGGAGGAACUCCAGGCUGGUUGCUUCCUCACUUCGCUGCCGCAAUCGCCUCCUUGAGCGCGUACGAGCCUGUUCCAUUCCCCAAGGGGAAAGCGCCUCGCACUGUCGCUAUAUGGUGCACUGACGGCGUGUGCCCGAAUCCCGAUGAUCCACGCCCUCCACCAGCUGAAGGUGAGGAUCCUCUGCCAAUGAAAUGGCUGCUCAACAACCGCACUGAUUUCGGUCACAACGGCUGGGGCCAGCUGGUUGACGAGGACAACAUGGAGUUCUACGUCAUGGGUGGCAAUCACUUCACUAUGAUGAAGGAGCCUCACGCUCAGGUUCUUGGCAAGUUCAUGAGGCAGGGUCUUGGCUACGAGGUAUAAGCGCUUUAGAGUAUUCUUAAAUCCAUCGCAUCCCAGAGGCUCGGUUUUACGUUUAUCAAUGGGCCUUGCAGGCGUCUUAGGGUGAGAAUUGUUUGGUAAAAGGCCACUUUAUAAUGCUAUGGGACUUAUUUAGGCUGAAGGACGCAACUGUUCAAACAUUUCACAGGUUUUGUAUGCAGCUCAAGGCCUUGAGAUGUUGGUUCCAUCCCAAGGUCUCUUUUGUGCUGGUGCUGCUUGAUGGUGUUUGGACUACAUGUGUUUCACUCUAGCUUUGAAAGGACUUGAGGAUUCGAAUGACCAUUCUGGAUGGGGACAAUUUCAUAGACGUUCUGUAUAGCACUAGUUUUUUGUUGGAUUUUGAUAUCUUACUUGCUUGACGGCUAUCGACUCUUCAGCGACUUGACUGUACAUAAUUUCAAUAGAUAUAUACUACCCGUCGAUUUCAG